ACGGGAGUAAGGCGGCACGCACGCAGGGAAGGAAGGAGAUGGCAUCUGUAGCGCGGGAAGAGAGGGGCCCACAGGGACUAGCGUGGCCCAGCCCUGGAAUUGGAUCUGCCAGCAGGACGUGGUGUCGCGUAGCACUCGGGAGCUGAAGCAGGAGAAUCGCUGGGAGUUCCAUACCAGCUUGAGCUACGGAGGAAGAUCAGACUGCUUUCAAGAGUUGACUGUUCAUGGCACAUGCUGUUAGAGAAUGCUCAUUGGCACUUACGUUUUUAACCAUGUGGCUGUUGAUUAAAGCAGAAAUCGAUGUGUGUAAGAGAGGAGAGGUGACCGUGAAACCUGCCCGUGUGAUUUCACUCGGAUCAGCUGUCAAUAUCUCCUGCUCCUUAAAGCCAAACCAAGGCUUUUGGCAUUGUUCCAGAUCUAACAAGUUGGUUCUCUACAAGUUCAACCAAACAAUGUAUUCUCACCGUGGCCGUUCUUUCACUGCUCAAGUCACAGACCUUCCCCUUGGUACAACCUUGUUUGUCUGCAAGAUGGCCUGUGCCCAUGGAGAUGAGAUUACAGUGUGUGGGGUAGAGAUCUCAGUUGGUGUUGUUCCAGAGCAGCCUCAAAACCUAUCUUGUGUACAGAAGGGAGAGCAUGGGACUGUGGCCUGCACCUGGGACAGAGGACGAGACACUCAUCUGUACACCGAGUACACAUUACAGUUAACUGGACCGAAAAAUGUAAGCUGGCAGAAGCGAUGCAGUGAUCAUUACUGUAGUCAUUUAGACCUUGAAAUCAACCUAACUCCUGAAAUACCAGGAUCUCAGUUCACAGCCAAGACAAUUGCCAAAAACAGUCUGGGCAGCUCUUCUUCAAUUCCGUUGACGUUCACAUUCUUGGACAUAGUGAGGCCUCUUCCUCCAUGGGAUAUAAAAGUCAACUUCCUAAACGCUUCUGUGAGCAGAUGUUCCAUUCAGUGGAAAGAUGAGCAACAGGUGCUGCUUAAUCGGCUUAGAUACCGGCCUCAUAACAGCAGGUCCUGGAAUAUGGUUAAUGCCACAAAUGUCAAAGGAAGACAUGAUUUGUAUGAUCUGAAACCUUUUACAGAAUACGAAUUUCAGAUUUCUUCAAAGCUACAUCUUUAUAAAGGAAGCUGGAGUGAUUGGAGCAAAUCCUUAAAAACACAAACACCAGAAGAAAAACCUACUGGGAUGUUAGAUGUCUGGUACAUGAAACAAAACAUUGAUGACAACAGGCAGCAGAUAUCACUUUUCUGGAAGAAUCUGAGUGCAUCAGAGGCCAGGGGCAAGAUCCUCCACUAUCGGGUGACCCUGCAAGAGGUGACAGAAAGGAAAACGGCACUACAGAACAUUACAAGACACACCGCCUGGACCUGGGUCACUCCCAGAAAUGGCAUUUGGACGGCAGGUGUCUCGGCAGCCAAUUCCAAAGGCAGUUCACCGCCCACUCGAGUUAACGUAGUAGAGCUGUGCGGCACUGUGUUACUGGCUCCUAGCCAGGUCUCUGCAAGCUCAAAGGCUGUGAACACCAUUGUGGUGACAUGGCAGCCUCCUGAGCAUGCCGCUUCUGCCGUGGAUGAGUACGUGGUGGAAUGGAGGGCCCUUUGGGGCCCAGGAGGCUACCUGCAGCAGCCCCUAAGUUGGCUGCGGAUCCCCUGCUAUAACAUGUCUGCUCUGAUUUCAGAGAUAAAGCCAAACACCUGUUAUGAAAUCUAUGUGCACGCGCUGUCAGAGGGCCAAGCAGGGUGCAGUUCCACCCAGGGUAACUCCCACCACACAGCACCACUAAGUGGCCCCCACAUCAAUGCUAUUACAGAGGAAAAUGAGAACCUUUUCAUUUCCUGGAACCACAUCCCAGUUCAGGAGCAAAUGGGCUGCAUCCUCCACUACAGAAUAUACUGGAAGGAAAGAGACUCCACUUUGAAGCCUUUGUUCCGUGAAAUUCCCUAUGGACUCUACCAAAAUUCUUACCCAAUAAAUGGCUUGCAGCCCAGAGUGACGUAUGUCCUGUGGAUGACAGCUCUGACUGCUGCUGGCGAAAGUCCCCAGGGAAAUGAAAGGGAAUUCUGUCUACAAGGUAAAGCCAAUUGGAAAGCAUUUGUGGCAUCAAGCAUCAGCGUUGCUAUCAUCACCGUGGGCAUUUUCUCAGUACGUCACUUCCGGCAAAAGGUAUUUGCUGUCCUUUCUGCUCUCAGAUCUCAGUGGUGUAGUAGAGAAAUUCCAGACCCAGCAAAUAGCACUUGGGCCAAGAAGUAUUCCCUUGUGGAGGAGAAGACACAGCUAUCUGUGGAGAGGUUCCUGAUGACCUGGACCAGUCCUGAAGAACCUGAACCCCUGAUCAUCAGUGAGGUCCUUUAUAAAGUGACCCCAGUUUUCAGACAUGCUCGCUGCCCCAGCUGGCUAGGGAGGGAACAUGGAACUCAAAGUCACUGUACUUUCAAAGAAGAAGACACAAGGCACAGUGCCUCGAGCCCUCAAUCUCCAAGCACUCUCACAGCAGAGACAAGUCAGCUAGUGGACAUGUACAAGGUGCUAGGGAGCCGGGGCCCAGGCACAAAGGCCAGAAACCCAACCAGCCCCAUGGCCGUCAUCACAGUGGACUACCUUCCUAACCGUGAGGGCUAUUUACCCUCCAACAUCGAUGACCUCCCUCUCCCGGAGUCUCUUUCCACAAACCCUUCAGAAGAUCCACAGCCUCAGCACAUCUCUCUUUCUGUUUUUUCACCAGGCUUCCUUUGCCCACUCACCUCCCGUGACGAGAGGCUGACUCUGGAUCAGUUAAAGAUGGGGUGCAAUUCCCUCAUGAUGAGUGGUGAACCUUGAUGCCUAGAAAAUUCAAUGUGUACCCCAUUUGUGAGAAUUAUAAGGACAGCAUGCCCCAUCUACUCAGCCUCUACUUCAGUGCAAUCAGAUCUGGCUGUAGCUAGAGGGCAGGCCAGCCAGCUCUUACUCUCAGAAAUUAAGUGAGCCUUUCCCAAGGCCUUAAGAUGACAUCCUCCACCAUGUGGAUCUACAGACUCAAAUCUGGGCUCCUGGCAACCUGCUUCGCCACAAUAACCAGGAAGGGAAACAAGGAGGAGAGUGGAAGCCAAAGAGCUUAGGAGAUAAUUCAUGUAACAACUACUGAUAAAGCUUCCACUAUCCAACAGAACCGUGAUAACAGCAAUGCACUGUCCAAUACAGGAGGCAUUUGCCACACUGUUACCUCUUAGGAUAUAUCUAGCAUGACUGAUGAACUGGAUUUUUAGUGUAAUUAAACAACCACACAUGACUAAUAGCUUCUGCAUCAAAAAGCAUAAGCCUAGAUGGACCAUAUGCAUUAGUGAGAAUUAAAAGGAGUCUUUUGUGACUUAA